GUCCAAGACCUGGAGUUUCACUCCCAAGGACGCCUGGGCCAAAGAGGACGAUUCAGGCGAUGAAGAGGAGGAGUUCCAGAACUUCCUAGAAGACUGCGCCGAGAAGUAUGCCAAAAAGCCGGAUCAUACUCCUCGUGGCAACGGUUCUGGCGAAGGCAAUCCCGACAGCACAGACGCUCAAGCAGAGCGGAAACCUUGCUGGAGACGCUCGAGGAUGCUCCAUCCACAGUCCAAGAAGAGGUUGUUCUGGGACGCCCUGAGCGUGGCGAUGAUAGGCUUCGAUGUCAUCAUGCUCCCCAUGAUCUAUGGCAUGAGCAUCUCGGAGACCGUGGAAGUGCUUGCUGUUGAAUGGGUUUGCACGAUCUUCUGGUCUAUUGAUAUGUUCAUGACCUUCGUGACGGGAUACACAGUGGGCCCGGAAGUGGUCAUGGCCCCGCGCCAGGUCGCCUACCACUACCUGACCACCUGGUUUGCCGUGGACUUCGCGAUCGUUGGCUCCGAGUGGGCCUCUCGCAUCACGGAGUUCAUUCAGGGCUUCAACGCUUUCCGAGCGGCCCGCGCAGUUCGAGUGCUCCGAGUCGUGCGAGUCGUUCGUCUCAUUCGGCUGGCACGAAUGGUAAAGACCCUCCACAAGCUCAUGGAGAUGACGGGCUCCUUGCGGCUGCUGAUCAUCUUCAACGUCCUGAAGAUGGCUACCUUGCUCCUCUUGGCUGUUCACUUCUUCUCUGUGGGCUGGCACUUCGUCGGCUUCAAUACAGCCGGAGGCUGGGUUGACAAGGAGGGCUUCCUGGAGGAGCCUGCGAUGGUCAGGUAUGUCGCAGCGGUCCGUUGGACGCUGGCCCAGCUCAAUGGGCGGACAGACAGAGAGGAGAGGACCUUCGUCGAGAUGCUGUAUAUCGGCUUCACGGCCUGCUUCACCCUGAUCUUCAUGUCCAUCUUUGUCUCCAGCUUGACGUCACGGAUGUUGCAGCUGCAGCAGCUCAUGGACAGGGAAUCAGGCUACAAGCGCCUGCUUCAAAGAUACCGAGAGAUGCACUCCCUGUCCUUCCCCUUACUCUACUUGGCCAAGCGACACAUCAAGGACCGUAGCACUUUGGACAGCGACCUCGACACUGAGGCUCAGCUACUUCGGUUGUUGCCGCUGCAGACGCAGGAUGGGAUUUCUGCCAGAGUGGCCGAGCAGGUGGGCUUCAAGGCCCUGUACAUGACAGGCUUCGGGACCGUGGGCAGCCACUUGGGUUUGCCGGAUGCCGGCCUUGCUUCCUACCGCGACAUGGUGGAGAGGGUGCGGACCCUCACGGCCCUUACGUCAGUGCCCGUCAUUUGCGACGGCGACACAGGCUUUGGCGGCCUACUGAAUGUGGCGCACACAGUGAAGGGAUAUGAAGAGGCGGGUGCGAGCGCCAUCCAGCUGGAGGACCAGGAAUUCCCCAAGAAGUGUGGUCACACCCCGGGGCGCAAGGUGAUUCCAUUCGAGCAAGCCGUGGCCAAGAUUCGUGUUGCGGCAGAGGCGCGAACAUCCCCGGACUUCCUGAUUGUGGCCCGGACCGAUGCCCGCACCAACCUAGGACUGGAGGAGGCGAUCCGCCGCGCCAAGGCCUUCGCAGAGGCUGGAGCAGACAUCCUCUUCGUUGAAGCGCCCGAGUCCGAGGCAGAAAUGAAGCAGAUCUGUGAUGAACUGGCGCCGACUGGCAAGGCCAUGUUGGUCAACGCGGUUGAAGGUGGGAAGACGCCUGUGCUGCCGCGAGAGCGGUACAUCGAGCUUGGCUAUCAGGUGGCGAUCUAUCCUGCGACCGGCUUCCUUGCCAUGGGGAAAGCUUUGGAGAAAGUCUACAGGUCUUUGCGGAACGAGG